AUGGAGCCGCCUGCCUGGAUGCAGCCGCCCUGUGGCCCCGCGGCAGCCCUGAACCCCAAUGUGAGCGCGUUCCAGCGGCGCUUCGUGGGCGAAGUGCGGCGCUGCGAGGACAUGGAGAAGACGUUCACUUUCCUGUACCAGGAGCUGCGCAAGGCCGGGCGGGCGUUGGGCCCGUGCACGGAUAACCCGUCGGCGCCGCUGGCCCGUGACGCCCUGCGCAUCCAGGAGCAGUCGGAGCAGCAGGAGCAGGGGGUGGGGGGAGACAACAACCGGGAGUCGCUGCACGGGCGCCUCCGGGAGCUCCGCGAGUAUCUGCACGUCCUGCGUGAGGGCCAGCGCUUCACCAGCCUCCCGGCGCCGCUGGGCUCCCCGCUGCGGCCUCGGGCCCACUCUGAGCGUGAGCCCCUCGUCGACCCCUCCGGCGAGAGCAUCACCUGGGUCAUCUUCCUCAUCUCCUACUGGGGCGAGCAGAUAGGGCAGAAGAUCCGCAAGAUCUCUGACUGCUUCCACUGCCACGUGUACCCCUACCCUGAGAGCGAGAUGAGCCGUAAGGAGACCCUGUCAGGGCUGCUCAGCCAGAUCCAGGACCUCAGCGUGGUGCUGGAGGAGACGGAGCAGUACUUGGCGCAGGUGCUGGACAAGGUGGUGCUGGUGCUGCCCACGUGGCGGGUGCAGGUGCAGAAGAUGAAGGCGGUCUACCUCGUGCUCAACCAGUGCAGCUUCGACGUCACCGAGAAGUGCCUCAUCGCCGAGGUGUGGUGUCCCGUGCAGGACCUCACGCAGGUGCAGGAGGCCCUGCGCCAGGGAUCGUACAAGAGUGGCUCGAGCGUGGAGUGCUUCGUGCAGCGCAUCCCCACGUCGGAGAGCCCCCCGACGCUCAUCCGCACCAACAAGUUCACCGCUGGCUUCCAAAGCAUCGUGGAUGCCUAUGGGGUGGCCAGCUAUCAGGAGGUGAACCCUGCACCCUAUGCCAUCAUCACGUUCCCCUUCAUCUUUGCCAUCAUGUUUGGGGAUGUUGGUCAUGGGCUGCUCAUGUUCCUCUUUGCCCUCUGGAUGGUGCUGUACGAGAACAGCCCCAGCUUGCGGCAGGCCAGCAACGAGAUCUGGCUGACAUUCUUUGAAGGGCGCUACCUCAUUCUGCUCAUGGGGGCCUUCUCCAUCUACACUGGCUUCAUCUACAACGAGUGCUUCAGUAAGGCCACAGUGAUAUUCCCCUCGGCCUGGAGCGUGGCCACCAUGGCCAACCACUCGUCCUGGAGUUCAGACUACCUCGCCGCUCACCUGUCCCUCACCCUGGACCCCAACGUCACAGGUGUCUUCCAAGGGCCCUACCCAUUUGGGAUAGACCCAAUCUGGAGCUUGGCCACCAACCACCUCAACUUCCUGAACUCCUUCAAGAUGAAGAUGUCUGUGGUGCUGGGCAUCGUGCACAUGGGCUUCGGGGUCCUCCUGGGGGUCUUCAACCAUGUGCAUUUCCAGCAGCGACACCGGCUGGUGCUGGAGUUCCUGCCUGAGAUGGUCUUCCUCCUGGCCCUUUUCGGCUACCUUGUCUUCCUCAUCUUUUACAAGUGGAUCAAGUUCAGUGCUGUCAACUCCCUGGUGGCCCCCAGCAUCCUCAUCCACUUCAUCGACAUGUUCCUCUUCACUUCCAACAAAGAAAAUCUCCCACUCUACGAGGGGCAGGUGCCUGUGCAGACUGUGCUGGUGGUGCUGGCUCUGGCAGCGGUGCCUGUCCUGCUCCUGGGGACGCCUCUCUACUUGUAUUGCCAGCAGCGCUCUCGGAGGACGCGGCGCCCUGCGUCCGGGGCCAGAGGGCAGCAGGAGCCGCUGCUGGAGGGGCAGGAGGCUGGCAACUCCGUCAAUGCCACCAAGGAGGACGUGGAGAGCGGGGUGCAUGGCCACGAUGCCAAGCACUUGGAGUUCUCCGAGGUCUUCAUGCACCAGGCCAUCCACACCAUCGAGUACUGCCUGGGCUGCAUCUCCAACACGGCGUCCUACCUGCGGCUCUGGGCGCUCAGCCUGGCGCACGCACAGCUCUCCGAGGUCCUCUGGACCAUGGUGAUGCGCAACGGCUUCGUGCGGUUGAGCUACGUGGGCGGCGUUGUGCUGGUGCCCGUCUUCGCCUUCUUCGCGGUGCUCACCGUGGCCAUCCUGCUGGUGAUGGAGGGGCUCUCGGCCUUCCUGCACGCGCUGCGGCUGCACUGGGUCGAGUUCCAGAACAAGUUCUACGUGGGUGCGGGGUACAAGCUGUGCCCCUUCGCCUUUGCGCCCGACUCCUGGGAGUAGGGCUGCCGCGCCGCGCCG